AUGAGUUUUCAAAAUCAAUUAUUUAAACUGCAAAUUCUUGAAAUCCUUAAAAUGAAGCAAAAUAGCUUUAAAAGUUGUGAUGCUAAGGUCUAUUUACCUAUAAGAAAUUAUGUAAAAAUAUAA